CUAUGCUACCUAGCACACAAUGUAAUUUAAAUUGUCUUACUGGAACGCAAAAGUCGAUAAACUCAUUUUGCGUCUUGACUCUGCCAAAGACGAUUUCGCUUACAUCAUGCUGUUUAUAAUCUGUGAUGCCGCCUUCAAAUAACUGUCACCUACUUUCGUUUGUCAAUAAAGCACAAGCACUAAAUGUCAAAUUUGUAAUUAGUCGUGCUCAAAUUCGUUUUUAAAGAUUUUUAGAUAUAUAUUACAUUUUAGAGUUUAAUUCAUGUACUACAAGUGACUUCAUUUUCCGCAUUUACAUGCUCUUUGUGGACAUCAAUAGCUCUAUAUAAUCGAAUCGAUCGCCUAAUUUUAGAAAACAUGUCGCAGCAAGUUCUGGACAAAGAAACUUGGCCCGCAGAAGCUGAAGCGGCCAUUAAUGAUAUUAGGAAGCAUGUCAAAUCAGCUCAAGUAUCCCCUAAACUGAAGAGCACCAAUCAGAAUAUCUACAUCAAUCUAACGACAUUGGAAAAUUCCCAGUAUUGCGUGGAAAUGUCCGCCUCGGGUUUCAGGGUCGUGGGCAGGAAAUAUGACGACACAAGUCUAUCGACAAUAGAAAACAUGAACUACGAAACGCCGUAUGCCCUUCUGAACAGCAUCAGUCAAAAGUACCGGGAGUCUUUCGGCGGCGAGCUUAUGAACAAACUCUUAGAUCUGGCAAAAAAAUCGGAAGGCUGAAUCCAAAAUCAACUAUUUAAAUUUUGGGUGUACACAUAGAUUUAAUUUAUAAACGUAGUUUGUGUAUUUACUUUACAUUUUUGUAGAGAGCGUUUAUAUCACAAGAUAUCGGUACUAAACUGCAUUUAUAAAUUUUAGAAUAAAUUCAGCUUAUUUGUUGGGAUAACUUUUUAUUCUAUGGAUAAAUUUUCAACAUGUAACAGAUUUAUAUACUUGUCGAGUAUAUUUGAUUUUUAUAACAUUAUAAUCAUUAGAUUUAUAAGAAUUAUUGACCAAUCAUUAGAUGCUGGUUGUUAUGACACGUAUACAUAGUUUAAAUAAAAGUUGCCAUAUUGUGUUUUUAUAUGUAAUGGAGUAUAAUUUUCACUAUUUAAGUCGUAUGCAUGUAAAUUUAACUAUACAUUGUUGUCUUUAUUUAAGUAAUUAUUUAUUGGGCGCAAUGUCUGAGCUUAUUUGAGUGUAUAAAAGGGGACAGACUGAGUACAAAUAUAUGUGAAAUUAAGAAAAAUAUACAAUGUAUCACUGUGUUGCGAUAUGCAAGUAAAUUUUUUUAUUUCA